CGGAAUGUUGUAGCCAAAAAAAUUGGAUUUGAAACUAUCUCACUAAAAAAAAUACUAAACUUUAAUUCACUCUGCACCAUACAAUGUCACAUUCUCUCUCCAUUCCCAGUUCAUUUUCUGCCUGUUUUGCAGUAUUAUACUUGGUAUCUAGCAUCUCAGCUGCAAACAACGGUAGUUUUGACGGACAACCAGUUGCAAAUGCAAACACUGAUACUGUUGAAGGGGUUCCAAACACAUUAACUACUGAAGUGGCUGCGAAAACUCAUGCCGCUACUCAAACAGAAACAACUGCCACAAAGCCAGCAGAAACAACUGAAGCUACCGCAGCACAUGUUACCUAUAAUCAAUGGGGAUUUACUGGUGAUCAAUCCAUUUGGGAGGCUCCCACAACUGCCUCCACGGUUACUUCUGGCUCAAAAGUUUCAUCUGCUGUCGUUUCUAUUAAAAACAACAACACUUCCAAUGCUAACAAACUUCAAGGUAGUUUCAUCACCGAUAGAGACUACACUUGGAAGAAGGUUAUGCUUGUAAGCGGUGUUAUUGGGGUUAGUGUUUUCUUGAAUGUUUUAUAGUUUUCUUGCUAUAGAUUCCAAGAAGUAUGUAUAUUAGUAUUGUAUUAUUAUAAAAAAAGAUAAAUUAAAAAA